AUGAGAGAUUUUCCUCCAGCUGACUACCAAUUUCAAAUUAAAUCAUUCUCUUUGCUUUCAAAAUUGGUAGAGAAAAGAUUUGAAUCGGGUGACUUUUAUUCUAGUGGCCUUACAUGGAAAUUGUGUCUAUACCCGAAUGAAAAUGGGAAAGGACACGUCUCUCUCUACUUGGCAAUAUCGAAUACACAUACACUUUUUUAUGAGGGGAAUGUUGAUGUUAACUUCAAAUUGUCUGUGUAUGAUCAACUACGACAUAAAUAUCUUACCAUCGAAGAUGCUAAUAGGAGAGCAAGCAACUUCAACCAGUUGAAGACUGAGUGUGGUUUUGCCAUUGGAGAGUACAAAGGAUACAUGUUUGUCCCAGAGGAUUUCUUCAUGAGGGCAACAGCUUGA